UUUCUUUUCAACUUGAAACAUUUGUUGAAUACCUUAUAGCAAAUUCAUUAUUCACGAUGCAUUUGAUGUACACAACUGGUGCUGAUGGAAAGAGAAUCUACACUCUGAAGAAGAUCACGGAAUCUGGUGAGAUUACCAAGUCUGCCCACCCAGCUAGAUUUUCUCCAGACGACAAAUACUCUAGACAAAGAGUUACUUUGAAGAAACGUUUCAACAUGCUUCCAACCCAACAAGAGCCACUUAAGUACUAAAAAGUUGUCACAUAUGGUUAUAUGGCAUUGUUGUACCAGUAACAUGAGGGUUAGUCUCUGGUUGAAUAUGAUUUAUAUGCACUUAAGAGAGCAUGGAACUGUAAUUCGGCUCUCAAAGCAUCUAUGGAAUCACAACCAUUACCUUCACGAGCAUUCUCCCUUGACAGUGGUAUCACAAAAAGCCACCACAGUUACCAAAUUUGUAUAAUAGAACUAAUAACAUCAUUCUUU